GUCCUGACAGUAGUAGAUAAUAACUCAUAGUCCUGACAGUAAUAGAUAAUAACUCAUAGUCCUGACAGUAAUAGAUAAUAACUCAUAGUCCUGACAGUAGUAGAUAAUAACUCAUAGUCCUGAUGUCUAAGGUGAAGAGUAGUGAGACGGUGAAGGUAGUAAUCCGCUGUCGCCCGUUAAACCGGAAAGAGGAGGCGGCAGCGGCUGGUGUUACCCGGACACCGGGAGGAGUGGGCGGGAUCGUAGAAAUGGACAUGCGUCUGGGUCAGGUGGUCUUAUGGAACCCUCACGGUCCGCCCGGCGAGCCGCGUAAGACGUUUACGUUCGACUCUGUGUACGACCCCUCGUCUAAACAGCGUGAUCUUUAUGAUGAGACGGUGCGGCCGCUGAUCGAUUCCGUCCUAGACGGGUUUAACGGAACCAUCUUCGCCUACGGCCAAACGGGUACCGGGAAGACCUACACCAUGCAGGGGGUGUGGCUAGAGCCAGAGAGGCGGGGCGUCAUCCCCAACGCCUUCGAACACGUCUUCACCCAGAUCUCCCGCUCCUCCGCCGACCGCCAGUACCUGGUCAGAGCCUCUUACCUGGAGAUCUACCGAGAGGAGAUCAGGGAUCUAUUGGAUCCCAACAUGCACGCACCUCAUGUCCCCAACGUGCACACUCACACCUACCGCACCCUGGAGCUGAGAGAGAGCCCGGAGAGUGGGGUGUAUGUGCGUGACCUGACGUCGUGCGUGUGUAAGAGCGUGAAGGAGAUACAGGAGCUGAUGAACUUAGGGAACCAGGUGCGCUCGGUGGGAGCGACAGACAUGAACGAACACUCUUCCCGUUCCCACACCCUGUUCCUCAUCACGGUGGAGUGUUCCCUGCCGGGGCCAGAUGGACGGCAGCACAUCAGGGUUGGCCGGCUCAACCUGGUUGACCUAGCGGGCAGCGAGCGGCAGGCCAAGACGGGCGUCCACGGAGAACGCCUGAAAGAAGCUGCCAAGAUCAACCUGUCUCUGUCGGCGCUAGGCAACGUGAUCUCAGCCCUGGCAGACGGGCGUAGCGGCCACAUUCCGUACCGAGACUCCAAAUUGACACGGUUAUUACAGGACUCCCUGGGGGGCAACGCCAAGACGGUGAUGGUGGCUACACUAGGCCCCGCCCCCCAACACUACGAGGAGACCCUCACGACGCUCCGCUACGCUAACAGAGCUAAAAACAUCCAGAACCAGCCAAGAGUUAACGAAGACCCUAAAGACGCCCUGCUCAGAGAGUUCCAGAAGGAGAUCGCAUGGCUCCGCGCACAGCUCAGCCACAGGGAAGGGAGGGGCAAACACAGGAAGGAGGAAGGGGAGGAGGGCUGGGACGGAGAAGGGGAUGAGGAGGGAGAAGAGGAGGUGGAGAAGGAGAGGACACUGCAGGAGGGGAGGCUGGAAGAGGAGAAGGAGGCCAUCAGAGAAGAUGGAUCACUAUUGGCUGAGGAGAAGCAGAGGCUUUUGGGAGAGAAGGAGAGGAUGAUGGGAGAUCUGAAGAAGGAGUGGGACGCCACCGAGCAGCUCACUGCCAAGUACAAGGCGAUGGAGAGCAAGCUGCUGGUUGGAGGGAAGAACAUCAUGGAUCACACCAACGAACAGCAGAAGACCCUGGAGAUACGCAGACAAGAGAUCGCUGAGCAGAGUCGUAGAGAGAGGGAGAUUGAGCAGCAGGUGAUGGUUCAGGAUGAAGAGACUCUAGAACUCAAAGAAACAUUCUCCUCCCUGCAACAGGAAGUGGAGGCCAAGACCAAGAAACUAAAAAAGCUCUAUGCUAAGCUACAGUGUGUGAAGGCUGAGAUCCAGGAUGUUAAUGAUGAGCAUGUCAGGAGUCGACAGGAGCUGGAGCAGACGCAGAACCAACUCACCAGAGAACUCAAGUUCAAGUAUCUGAUCAUAGAGAACUUCAUUCCUCCGGAGGAGAAGAAUAAGAUCAUGAACAGACUGACCUUUGACCCUGAGGAGGACCAGUGGAAGUUCACACCCCUCGUCCCUGCAGAGAGGUCAGGUCAGUUCAGCCAGAUGAAGAAGAGGCCGGCUUCUGCAGUCGGAUACAAACGACCAAUCAGCCAGUACGCACGGGUCUCCUUAGUGAUGGGAGCUCACUCCAGAUACCGGGCUGAGAACAUCAUGUUCCUGGAGCUGGACAUGACUCAUCCCACCACUGUCUCAUUGGACCACAGGCCAUCGGAGGUGGGGCCUAAUUAUAGCCCCUACCCAACAGACAACGUUCCCCACAGGGAGCGAGCUGCACGUGUCCGCAUGUCACGAUCCUGGUGUCAGACCCCGCGAGCCAUCACUUCCUCCACCUCCACCGUUUCCCUGACAACCCAUUCUACAGCCACGCCCACUGCCGCCCAGUGAAGAGCAGCCUACUUCACUACCUAUCCCUUCCAUAUCUCUCUCUCCCUUCCAUAUUUCUCUCUCUCCUUCUCCAUAUCUCUCCCUCUCCAUAUCUCUCCCUCUCCCUUCCAUAUUUUUCUCUCUCCCUAUCUCCUUUCCAUCUCUCCCUUCCA